CCGGCGGCGGGGGGGUGCCAAGAUGGCGGCGGAGCCGGUGGAGCUGCACAAGCUGAAGCUGGCCGAGCUGAAGCAGGAGUGCCUGGCCCGGGGGCUGGAAGCCAAAGGCAACAAACAGGACCUGAUCCAUCGGCUGCAGGCCUACCUGGAGGAGCACGCUGAGGAGGAGCCCAACGAGGAGGAUGUGCUGGGAGAGGAGAUUGAGGAGGAGGAGCCCAAGGCCCCGGAGCCGCCGGCCAAGGUGGAGGAGGCGCCGGUGAAAUCCCCCGACGUGAUCCAGGAGAAGAAGGUGGUGAAAAUCUCCUCAGAAAUCUCCCAGAUGGAGCGGAUGCAGAAACGCGCCGAGCGCUUCAAUGUUCCCGUCAGCCUGGAGAGCAAAAAGGCAGCGAGGGCAGCACGGUUUGGCUUGGCCACAAUUCCCACAAAAGGGCUCUCAGCAGACUCCAAACCCACGAUAAACCUGGAGAAGCUCAAGGAAAGGGCCCAGAGGUUCGGCCUCAACGUCUCCUCCCUGUCCAAAAAGAGUGAGGAGGACGAGAAGCUGAAGAAGAGGAAGGAACGGUUCGGGAUCGUCACCGGGGCCGGCGCGGCCGAGGACUCCGAGGCAAAGAAGCGGAAAAGGGCGGAAAGGUUCGGGAUCGUCUGAGGCCAGGUGGGCCCUGCCUGACCCCUGAGCUGCCAGGAUUUGCAAUUCCCAGCUGGAAUUUCAGGAAUCUCCCCCUGGAGCCGUUCCCAGCACAAGAAAAUUUUAUUUUUUUUUGGGGAAUUCUCCUUCCCCACCCUUGGGAACUUCGGGACACUCUGGGAAAUUCCUCCCAUCCCAAAAAUCCUCGGGGAAUCCUUGGGAUCCAGGGACAUCCCCGUGUCCUGCUGCUGCCUGCCUCCCCCCUCACUCCCAGCUUUUCCUGAUUUUUCCCAGUUUUUAACAGUUUUUCCU